GGAAGCGGAAGGCGGGAGGGUGGCAGGGCGGCAGGGCGCGGCCUAGUGGGGGGCUGUGGCGCCGUCACCCAGGUCACCCAUCACGGCCUCUGCCUCGGCGCGGCCCGGCACCCCGGGGACGGGCGGGAUGGAGCUGGACGGACUGCUGCUGGACGAGGAGGGCACAUUCUCCCUCAGCGGCUUCCAGGAGUUCACGUUUCUGCCCAGGCACCAGCAACUGACCGAGAGAGUGCGGAAGAGGCUCUAUUAUGGUUGGGACAAAGACUGCAGCCUGGAUAAUCUCUCCAGCCCCGUGGCAGAUAUUGCUGUGGAGUUGCUGCAGAAGGUGGCUCCCAGCCCUAUCCGCAGACUCCAGAAGAAAUAUGUGUCUCAUGUAUCACGGGAAGCUUGCAUCUCACCCUGCUCCAUGAUGCUGGCACUGGUUUACAUUGAGAGACUACGGCACCGCAACCCUGAAUACCUCCAGCAGAUCUCAUCUUCAGACCUCUUUCUCAUCUCCAUGAUGGUUGCUAGUAAGUACCUGUAUGAUGAAGGUGAGGAGGAGGAAGUGUUCAAUGAUGAGUGGGGAGCAGCAGGCAAGGUGGACGUCCAGACCAUGAACACACUGGAGAUGAACUUUCUGAGUGCCAUUGACUGGAGUCUUUACACAGACCCCCGGGAGCUGUUUGAAGUGCUGAGCUGGCUGGAAGGACGUGUGGCAGAAAAGCAGGGCAUGUGGCGUGGCUGGUUCACUUACACGGAUCUGUGUGUCCUCAUGGAGCAGUCCAUGUGGCAGCAUGUGCUGGGCCAGUUCUACCAACAAGUGGUGAAGCUGGCUUGCCUCCUGGGAGUGGUGUACCUGACUGGCUUCACUGCUCUCUUUGCCUCUGUCACUGUCGUGCACCGGUCUGUGUGCCUGAGGAGUGCCAGCCCGGCCUCCCCGCAGCCUGCGCUGUUCCCCGAGGAGGGCAGCUGCCAGAUGGAUGCCCAGCAGCAGCCAGCUCCUGACCAGCCCCAGCCUGAGCUGCCUGACAUAUCUCCAGCCAGCAGCACCCAUUGCCUGGGGGAGAACAAGACAACCGAGGAGCCGCGUUACGGGGGUGUCACGGCGACUGCACUCUACCUGUGGGGCAGCGUGAUGACAGCUCUGUCUUGCCCAAAGGCACCUGACCUAGCCCAACACAGGCCCCUGCAAGGCCCCUUCCGAAGAGUACCCAGCUCCUGUGAGAGAUCCAACCGUACUGCCCCUGCCACAACCCUCAGCCAGCCUGGCCCCCUCGGACUCGCCAUGCUCUCGGUUCCCCCAGCACUCCACUGCUGUGCCUGCUCAGCUGGUGCCGGCCCCACAUGGGAUGGAGGCCCCAACCGCCAGGACUGGCUGGACCCCCUGGGGCUGAGGCAGUGUUCCUUGCAUACUGCCAUGGAUCUCAGCAGAAUCAAGAGCUUCAUUUUUCCAAGCUAGGAGCGUGGGGCAGCAGCCCCUUUUGCCUUCCCUCCUACUGUGGCGCAACUCACUUCCCUGCACUCCUCGGGGCUGCAUGAAGCUGGGGGCCUUUUUGUUAUUUCCAAACCAGCACUUGUGUCCCCCCAACCCAGGGCAGGGGUGUCUUUCACUUUGGUGGCUACUGGGACAAGUUGGGACAGAGUUGGCUUACUGUUGGGAUGCUGGGUUCAGAAUGUACUAGCUGGAGGGUAAGAAUGGGGUGCUAGGGUGAGGUGUACCUCUGUAGCUAGUGGGUGGCCCUUUGUGGUGCUGAGCAGAGGUGUGUGGGAUGUUGGAUGCUGGGGCUGUGUGUGCAGGGUGGAGGGGCUGGGGCAGUGACCCCAGUGGGCUAGUGGGGGACUCUGGGAGGAGGUGGGAUGCCUGAGUGAGGCGAGAGGUGGUAGAAGGAGGAGGGAGUAGGUAACCUGAGCUGACUGGCUGGAAAAGCAAUUUUAUUUGGGGGCUGUUGGGCCACUUUUCAUGAGGUGCAAGGGUCACACCAAGAGGGGACUUCACUGUGUCUCUGUUCCAGGGAAAGUUGUGCCCUACUGGGUGUGGAGGUGUGAGGUGUGGUUAAGGUUGGGCUUCCUUACCUUGUGUGUCUUGAUUGCUUUGAAACUGGGGUGCUCACUGACCCCAUCCCAUAUCCCAGCUCUCUGUGGCUUUGAGCAAACAGUGUCCUGACUGCUCCUUGGGGUGGGUAGAAGGCGUCUUGUCUUGCUGACCAGCCCAGCUCUUUGCUCCCCUUCUUUUUACUAUGGAUUUUACACCUGUUUUUCACUCUUUUGUAGAUUCAAAUCUCUUCCAAUAAAAGUAGUUCUUUCUCUG